UGCGAAUUCGUUGAGCUCUUUUGACUUAGAUUCGUCAACGCAUAGCCAGUGCACUUCAAUGUGCAAUGUCCGCCAUUCCAUACAGGUAGCGCCAUUUUGAAAUUGCCUUCAACAUGCAUAUGGAGCUUGUGUCGUGGGUCAUCUGCGCUGGGGUCAGCAUGGUGCAUGCAAUUCCAACGCCGCCAGUCUCUUCGACAUUCUUCCUUCAGCGUCAACUUGUUCAUGAACACAACGUCCUCCGCGAUGCCCACGACCUUCGCCCGAUCGCCUGGAGCGACAGGUUGGCGUCAAUCGCUCAAGCCCACGCCACUUCAUGUCCACGCUACGACGUGAAUCCCAACUUUGUAGACGGUCUCUUUGCCACGGUGGACCAGGUGGCUCCAUGCAGCAGCAUCGCAUGGGAACACGACGACGACAACGAUGGCUUCACAAACUGCUCUGGUCCUGCGUGGACAUGGUAUACCACCGGCGCGUCUCACUGGGACUACACAUCGCAGUUGUGUUUGGAGGACACAACAAAGUGUAGAUCCUUCACAAACAUGCUCAGUCCAUCCGUUCGUUCCGUUGGUUGUGGCUGGUCCACUUGCUCAGCUGCUCAAUCCUCCAAGUUGUCCCUUGUGUGGUGUGUUUACGACGGCGCCCAAGCCUUCCCUAUCAUCCCCCCACGCUCCCUCGCGUUGAAUGACUUGAUGCAACGGUUGCCAGUACCGCCCCCACCAUCCCCCCUGUGUCCCCCUCGCAUCCGUCGAUCCUGGGAAGCAACUUCUACAAACGAUCAACACCUGUUUGUCCAAGCGGUGGCACUCGCCAUGGAUCGCGGGUUCCACCAACUCUUCGUGGACAUCCACGCCGAAACGCUGGGCGAGGCGCACGACAGCUGCGUGUUUCUGCUGUGGCACCGCAAGUUCAUCUUGGGGUACGAGAAUAUGCUGCGGUCGCUCGGUCGUCGAUUCGCGUGUGUGACGCUGCCCUACUUUGACUACAUCCAGCACAACCUCAACUACCUCCACGGCAAGUGCACGUCCCUCGAGUCGUGCUCGCCCUUCUUAGCCGGACUCGGGGGCUCCACCAGCGGCCAUUUGAGCUCCCAGCCGCUCGCCGGGUUUGCGUUCAGCCACUUCAAGUGCGUCGACGCCUUUCCCGCAUCCCAUGCAUGUGCAGUGCCUGGCUCCGACUGCAUGCGCUGCAUCCCCCGCGGCGCGUGGACGCGCACGUACUUCAACUCGACCGCGCUGUCGUUCACGUCCAUCAAGCGCGUCUUGUUUGACGCCGAUGACGGCAUGACGGCGCUGUCCCUGCGCAUCGAGCGGUCGCCCCAUGAUGUGUUUCACUUUACGCUGUCCGCGGCGCUGGCCAACUUCGUCGUGGCAGCGCUAGACCCCGUCUUUUACGGCCACCACGCCACCAUAGACAUUUUGGCGGCGAUCCACCACCGAUGCCGCGUCCGUCCACUCAAAUUGACGAAAGAACAAGCCAAAUUGCACCCGGGGAACUUUCAGGGAUGUGUGAUCAACAAUACGAUGGUGGUCAAGGCGACGUCCCCCGUGGGGUUGCGGCUGCCAGUCGACGGCGUGCCGACCAGUGUGGACGAGUACGCUGUCACGCGGCCGUGGUUUCAGCAUGUGCCACUCACGUACGGAGACAUUGCCGACACGACCAACUUGGGAGUGCACAGCUACCGGUACAACCUCACGGGGUUGUUGGGUACGUUGUACAGCCACUGCGACCACGCUGGCAUGAAUCACACCGCCAACAUGGAGCUUCAAGCCAACUCGGAAGACUAUGAGGAUGAUGACCAACACGUUGUGAUGGACGUGACGGACGUAGACAGCCUCACGUUUCUCGCGUGGCGCUACGAUGUGCUGGUGCAAGCGAGGGCGCAAGGUCUAGCCGACGCCGACGCCGACGACGAGAUGGACAAGAUGGUCGUGAUGGUGUACGAGCACUGCUUGCCAGGGACGCACUCGGAGUACCCAGAGGACUUCAAAGCCAUGUGGAAGAUCCAAGGAGGCGAGCCGUCAAAGGCCAUGUUGGACGGCGUGCUCAGCGGCGCCACGCCCAUUCGGAUUCAAGGAUGGGCGGGUUUGAACCAACGGUACUUUGGCUGUACUGGCGAAAGAAUUGAUAAUUCGAUCAAGACGUCAAUAGUGUAACGUCGUCAGUUUGCACUUGUUGUUUUUGUGCAAGACGCCAAGGUUUUAAAUUGUUCAAGCGACACAUCCAG